CUUACAAAUCCCCAGAACCAGCAGCAGCGGCGGUAGCUCAGGUCAGUUAGUUCAGUCAGCAGUCAUCCGCGCAUCUAUCUAUAUUCCCUUUUCUUAAAUUAGCCACUUUAAGCUUCGCGAUACCGCCCCCAAUUUCAGCGUCGGUACGGAGCCGCCAGGCCGGGACAGAGACGGAGAGAGAGGCCUCGGCCAUGGAAGCGCUCGGACCCGGCCCGCCCGCCCCUCCCUCUCUGUUUCAGCCUCCGCGGCGUCCCGGCCUCGGCACGGUGGGGAAACCCAUCCGGCUCCUGGCUAACCACUUCCAGGUGCAGAUUCCCAAGAUUGAUGUCUAUCACUAUGAUAUCGACAUCAAGCCUGAGAAACGGCCUCGGAGGGUCAACAGGGAAGUGGUUGACACCAUGGUGCGGCACUUCAAGAUGCAAAUCUUCGGAGACCGACAGCCUGGCUACGACGGGAAGAGGAACAUGUACACAGCACAUCCACUGCCAAUUGGGAGAGACAGGGUGGAUCUGGAGGUGACCCUGCCGGGCGAGGGGAAAGAUCAGACGUUCAAGGUGUCUUUGCAGUGGGUGUCCGUGGUCAGUCUUCAGAUGCUGCUGGAAGCCCUGUCAGGUCACCUUAACGAGGUUCCCGAAGAUUCGGUUCAGGCUUUGGAUGUCAUCACACGGCAUCUGCCCUCCAUGAGGUAUACUCCUGUGGGACGUUCGUUUUUCUCCCCUCCAGAGGGCUAUUAUCAUCCUCUAGGUGGAGGCAGGGAGGUGUGGUUUGGUUUCCAUCAGUCUGUUCGCCCUGCAAUGUGGAACAUGAUGCUCAACAUCGAUGUGUCAGCCACAGCUUUCUACCGCGCUCAGCCUGUGAUCGAGUUCAUGUGCGAAGUGCUCGAUAUUCAGAACAUCAACGAACAGACCAAACCACUGACGGACUCGCAGCGUGUCAAAUUCACCAAGGAAAUAAGAGGUUUGAAAGUUGAGGUCACCCACUGUGGUCAAAUGAAGAGGAAGUACCGUGUGUGCAAUGUGACACGCCGACCUGCCAGCCACCAAACGUUCCCCUUACAGCUCGAGAACGGCCAAGCCAUGGAGUGCACAGUAGCUCAGUAUUUCAAGCAGAAGUACAAUCUGCAGCUCAAAUAUCCACAUUUACCCUGCCUGCAAGUAGGACAGGAACAGAAGCACACCUACCUUCCCCUGGAGGUCUGUAACAUCGUAGCAGGCCAGCGCUGUAUCAAGAAACUGACUGACAACCAGACAUCCACCAUGAUCAAAGCUACAGCUCGCUCAGCCCCUGACAGACAGGAAGAGAUCAGCAGACUGGUCAAAAGUAACAGCAUGGUCGGGGGUCCGGACCCUUACCUGAAGGAGUUUGGCAUUGUUGUGCACAAUGACAUGACAGAAGUUACGGGGCGUGUCCUCCCAGCGCCCAUGCUGCAGUAUGGGGGCCGGGUGAGUACAGACACAGGGCGGGACUGUGGCAGGGGACUCUCUCCGCAGAACAAAACCGUGGCCACGCCCAACCAGGGCGUGUGGGACAUGCGAGGGAAGCAGUUCUACGCAGGCAUCGAGAUCAAGGUCUGGGCUGUGGCCUGCUUCGCCCCACAGAAACAGUGUCGAGAGGACCUGCUCAAGAGCUUCACUGACCAGCUGCGAAAGAUCUCAAAGGAUGCUGGGAUGCCCAUUCAAGGGCAGCCAUGUUUCUGUAAAUACGCCCAAGGAGCUGACAGUGUGGAGCCCAUGUUCAAACACCUCAAGAUGUCUUAUGUAGGUCUGCAGCUGAUCGUGGUUAUCCUGCCUGGCAAAACACCAGUCUAUGCUGAAGUAAAGCGGGUGGGCGACACCCUCCUGGGCAUGGCAACCCAGUGUGUGCAAGUGAAGAACGUAGUGAAGACGUCCCCUCAGACCCUCUCCAACCUGUGCCUCAAGAUCAACGCCAAGCUGGGAGGAAUCAACAACGUCCUGGUGCCUCAUCAGAGGCCCUCUGUGUUCCAGCAGCCUGUCAUCUUCCUGGGUGCGGAUGUCACACAUCCUCCAGCAGGUGAUGGGAAAAAGCCGUCCAUCGCGGCGGUGGUGGGCAGCAUGGACGGCCACCCCAGCCGAUACUGUGCCACAGUGCGAGUCCAGACGUCUAGACAAGACAUGUCCCAGUGCCCCUCCCCUCCGCCUGUCCAGGAGCAGCUCUUCAGUCAGGAGGUAAUCCAAGACUUAACCAAUAUGGUGCGUGAACUGCUCAUCCAGUUCUACAAGUCCACGCGCUUCAAGCCCACGCGAAUCAUUUAUUAUCGUGGUGGUGUGUCUGAGGGACAAAUGAAACAGGUGGCAUGGCCGGAGCUGAUAGCAAUCAGGAAGGCCUGUAUCAGUCUGGAGGAGGAUUACAGGCCGGGCAUUACCUAUAUUGUGGUUCAGAAACGUCACCACACUCGUCUGUUCUGCUCCGACAAAGCUGAGAGGGUUGGGAAGAGCGGUAAUGUCCCAGCAGGCACCACGGUGGACAGCACCAUCACACACCCGUCCGAGUUCGACUUCUACUUGUGCAGCCAUGCUGGGAUUCAGGGAACCAGUCGUCCCUCCCACUACCACGUCCUGUGGGAUGACAACUGUUUCACUGCUGACGAACUGCAGCUCCUCACCUACCAGCUGUGCCACACCUACGUCCGCUGCACGCGCUCCGUCUCCAUCCCAGCACCAGCCUACUACGCCAGGCUAGUGGCUUUCCGAGCCCGCUACCACCUGGUGGACAAAGACCAUGACAGUGCUGAAGGAAGCCACGUGUCGGGCCAGAGUAAUGGCCGGGACCCCCAGGCGUUGGCCAAGGCAGUUCAGAUCCACUAUGAUACCCAGCACACCAUGUACUUCGCCUGAGCUAGCGAGCACGUCAGCCAGUCCACCCGCGGAUUCCCUUUCUUUCUGUCUUUUUAUCUCUUAUUUGCCAGUCUCUCUCUCUCUCUCUCUCUCUCUCUCUCUCUCUUCUUCUUCUUCUCCUUCUCCUUCUCCCACAUCUCUCUCUCUUUGUAGUCUGUCUCUUCCUCUUCACACUCACUCUACAUUUUCUGAAUCUGCACCAAAGCGGCUCUCGGACAGGGGGAAUCUGCUGUGUCUCAAUGUCCAGCAGGUUUUUAUUUCAAGGAACAAUCUCCAACCAGCGUUCCCAAUCGAGCCGCCUCUCAAACCAGCAAUCCAGCACUGCGAACCCUGAGGGUUUCCAAUGCACAAAAGGAAAAGAAAAAAAAAAAAAAACACGAAAAAACAAAAACAAACCAUACACACACAUUCUACAAGUUGAGCCAUUAUUUUGCGUUUGUUUUUGUUUUUUCUAUUUGAAUGUCUGCACUCUUGUGUUUGUAAGAUACACUGAGCAAGGGAGUGGACUGGCACUAUCUGUGUCAGCACAGCUCUUUAGCUCUCCCAGCUAAGCAGGACUCUUAUCUACUUUUACCUCAAAGCCCCUUUGGGCAAAAUCUGUCACAAGGUCUUGGGUUUAUUGGGUGGUUGGGAGGGAACUCUACAUGAAAAGAGAUGGAGGGGGAGUCGACCUUUUGAGAAUGAUAUAUAUAUUUUUUUCCUUUUUAUGAGCGUGUGUUUUAACUUUUUCUCCUUUACGGUCUUUAACAAGCGAGGUGACCUGGGUGUCCAUGCCCAUUACUAUUUUCCUCCCAUCUUAGCGACGAAUACGCAAGUCUGUCUGUGUGUGAGUGUGUCUGUGUGUGCAUCUCUGUAUAUACAUGUACUGCUGUAUGAGAGUGUGUUUGUGUGUGAAUGUGUGUAUCAUGGCAGGCCACUGAAUUGUAAAGGGAAAUCAUGGAGAUAACUGCUGUAAAUGACUCAGAUUUGUUGUUUUUAUAUUCACACAUACAGUACAUAUAAGCAUAUAUUUACAUCUAUAGAGCAACUUUGAGACAUAUGACUUAAACAAGCCUCAUCGAGGCUGGUGUGGGUAUUUGUAGCAGCCCUGGGUCACUUGUUAGUUGAAGUGCUUUGAGUUGCAUUUUCACCACGCGUGUUAGCGUUCUGCUAGUGCAUGAUGGGUGGGAUUUGCACCUUGUGGAGCCAGCUCCUCCUUUUGUGCUGCUAAACAUCACUGAAUCCCAAGAAAGGUAACUUAUUCCAUUUCAAGUAGCAAGUGAAGUCAGGUCUGACUGUAGCAGUGGUAACCGUGGUCUGGCCUGUGACUGGCUCAGCAUUGGGACCUGUUGAAUGGCUGAAGGCAUUAAACGCAGAGUAUGGUCUUUAUCAGCCUUGCUGUCUGUGUGAAGAGCAGGAUCUUAUUUUUCUUUGGACCUGAUUAUCUGAAAGAUUAUAUGAUGACACUGCUGGACGUUGCUUUUUUUUUCUUUUUUUCUUUUUUUUUCGUAGAAUUAGUAUCAAGGGCCGGAAACCAACAUAGUUUUUGAGGUCUCCUUUGCUAAUAUUGGCCAAUUCAUUGCACUGACCCGGGACGCUAGGCAAGCAACAGAGGGCACUCUCAAUCUCUCUUUACCUUUAUGCAUUUAUACAUACGAAUCAACAAAGCAGAUUUGUAAAAGUUUAAUAUAAGAUGUUUUGUGGUUAUCUUAAAAAAAAAAACAACUCUUGUUUAGAAUUAGUAGUUUACCAUUGAUGUUGUUGUUGUUGUUAUUGUUGUUGUCAAUGUUGUUACUAUUGUGAUGAAAUUUUAUGGUCGGCAGCAAAGCCAGUUAUAUAGUUACUAGUGCGACUUCAGGAAUAGACUUCAGUUGUUGAGCUGCAGGUUAGAGGAUAGAGCUUUGGGUUGGAAAAUUCUUUUGUAGCAUUCUGGCUAACGGUGAGAAGAAGUAGGCCCCAGGAUGGAUGAAUUCAUGCUUCCUCUGUAGGUUCUGAUGUGAGUAAAAGUUAGCGGCAGAUUUGAGGUAUUGUGUAGCACUCCGACUGGUUAAAAACAGAUCUGCCGCUGCAAACAUCGCUCAGCUGGUGUUGGUUGGUUUUGAUGGGACAGAUGGAGACAAUCAGGGAAUGUAAUCAGAAUGAACAUAGGCUGAGGGAUUUGUUUAAAAACCGGUUUGCGAUAGGCAAUGAGUUGAAUUUUUAGACUUUUUAAAAAUGGUUUCUAUUACUCUGUGUGUAUUUGAAGUAUACCCAAUUUAAAGUCUCUGCUAUUUGACGGUGUUUGUUUCAUAUUUUUAUGCAUUUUUAACACUGGAUUAAAUGAAUUGACAAUAAGCAUAAGCACUGCCCUUGGACCCCCCGUACAAACACUUGGCAGACUGGUACCAUGGGAACUAUAAUGACAUCAGUGGUGUGCCCGUGGUGACAGUUUCUCAUGUGGUG